AUGGGAGGUUGUGCUGCAUGUUUUGGAACACAAAAUAAUGAAUUCCAAGACGACAAGUUUGAUCCUAAAUAAGCAAAUCUUAUUUCCAAUCAUUAUAAUCCAGAGCCAAGUCCAUCAAAAUCUAGUCAUAGUUUUGAUAGACUAAAUACUAAUAAUUAAUACCGAAAAGAGAGUAUAAGAGUUGACUGGUGGGAAGAUCCUAAUGAAAAAAGUUAAACUAAUCAGAAAUCUAAACUACAAAUUAUUAAUGAAUCCUUAGUUUCAUUUGAGUAAAGUAGAAGUAAAGAGAUACAGUAUUUAUUUCACAAUGCAGGGCUUGAGGAUUUUGAACCAAUAAAAGUAACACUAACUAAAUUUAAUUUAUACAAGGUUUUAGGUACUGGCUCAUUCGGCAAAGUCUUUUUAGUAAAGAUGAAAAAUAGCUAAAACAUAAGCAGUCUUAAGUAUGCAAUGAAGGUUAUCAACAAAGAUAAAUUAAAACUGCAAAAUGAUAAUCAUGAAUACAUGAAUAGACAAGUUCAAAGUAAAUUCAUUCUAUAUUUCAACUAUGCCUUAGGUGAGAAAGAAUUACUGCAAUCAUUUGAAAAUCCAUUCAUAGUGAGGAUUUAUAAAACUUUUGAAGAUGAUGAAAAUCAUUACUUCAUUAUGGAUUAUCUGAGUGGAGGAAGUCUAGAUCAAAUCCUUAAGAAUGAAAAAUAGCUUUUAAACAAUCAAGUCAAAUUUUAUGUAGCCUAAAUUGUGAUUGCAUUUCAUUAUUUGCAUUCGAUGGGAAUCAUUUACAGAGACUUAAAGCCUGAGAAUAUUGUAUUAGAUGAUUAGGGCUAUUUGAAAAUAACAGAUUUUGGUAUUGCCAAGAGAGGGGUUUAAGGUUUAAAGAAGUCAUAUACAUUCUGUGGGACAACUGAGUAUCUUGCUCCAGAAUUUUUAAGAUAAAAAGGGCACAAUAAGUCAGUCGAUUGGUGGUGUCUAGGAAUUCUUAUAUAUGAACUUCUAUCUGGAGAGUCACCAUUUAUGUCCGAGAGAAAGAAUAGAUAAAAGCUUUUUAAUGCUAUACUAAAUAGUCCAAUAAAAAAGCAGAGCUAAUUUAGUGAGCAAUCAUGGGAACUUAUUUAAAGCUUACUGCUAAGGGAUCCUACUCUCAGAUUAGGUGGAUCUAAAAGAGAUGCUCUAGACAUAAUUUAGCAUCCUUUUUUCGAUGGAUUUGAAUGGGAAAAAUUGAUAGCAAGAGAAGUCAGACCUGAAUAUAUACCUGAUAACAGAUAAUCUCCUUAAAAUGUUGAAACCUUAGUUGAUGAUCUUGAUUCUAUGUUGCUCAAUCAAAAUGAUAAUAGUUCAAAAUUGCAUGUUAGUUAUGAAGCACCUUUAAAAGUGUCAUUAUCAAGCAAAUAAGACAUUUUCAAAGAUUUUUCAACAUGA